AUGGCCAAGCUCCUGUCGAAGGUGCACCUCACCUCGCACCCCAUCUUCCUGAGGCGUGGGCCCUCGUGGUAUGAGGACGAAAAAGAUCGCACAUGGUUGUACCUCAUCAUUGAGAAAAAAGAUGUCCUGAAAGUACUGUUGCACCAGGUAGACAUCUCAAUUGAGGAUAACGCACUCACCCCAAGCACGCAGACCUCCUACAUAAUGCCUUUGUUGUGGACGUUCCACUCUGGUAGCCAGUACGUGGACCACAUGUAUCGGUUCUGGCGCAUCGUGCACCACAUCAAGGUGCAUGGAGGGGAGGAAAUGAUCCUUGAGCUGAUGAAAGACUCAUAG